GCCUCCCUGUGAAAAAACAGUUUUAAAAAGCGCCGCUGAAAGCUUCGCGUUUCGGUGUUGCGCCGCAGGGUGACCAGAGGACCGCAGAGAAGUGAACUGAGCCACGCGUUAAUUUGCUCGGAUUUAAUGCAUCUAAGCAGUGCACAUUAGGAUACAUUGGUUUCAUUAAUGAUUGAUGUUUGGCGAAAAUUAGAUCAGUGUUGAGUAAAUGGAUGUGCAGGAGUUUCGUCCGUGCUUGGAAAUCCUCACCUGCACCAGGGGCGAGACUGUCGCGAAUCUCCUCCUCUGAUGAGAAAGAACAAGGUGCGGCGAGAAGGAGAGAGAGAGAGGGUAGAAAACAGUCUUUGCAGCUUCUUACUAAUGGUGAUCAUGACAGAUGAUGAUUUGAUGUGGACUUCAGCCCUCACUGCAGCCUGCAUAUUCCGAGGGUCAGUUUUCUACAAAAGCACCCGUGACACCUGAUUAAUCUUCGGACAGCUGUAAAUAUGAGAAAGCUGUUGGCUCUUCUUUCCUGGCUGACUGCAGCCACAAGUCUGAACCCUGAUGAUCCUAAUGUGUGCAGCCACUGGGAAAGCUAUGCUGUCACCGUUCAGGAGUCCUACACCCAUCCGUUUGACCAAGUCUACUACACCAGGUGCACAGACAUCCUCAACUGGUUCAAAUGCACACGACACAGGAUCAGCUACAAGGCGGCGUAUCGCAGGGCUUUGAGGACCAUGUACCGACGACGAUCCCAGUGCUGCCCGGGCUACUAUGAGAGCGCUGACCUGUGCAUUCCUCUGUGCACGGAGGAAUGCGUUCAUGGCCGAUGUGUGUCUCCAGACACCUGUCAGUGUGAGCCAGGAUGGGGAGGCAUUGACUGUUCCAGUGGUUGUGAGAGUGAUCACUGGGGUCCACACUGCAGUAACCGAUGUCAGUGUCAGAAUGGUGCGCUGUGCAAUCCGAUCACUGGCGCAUGUGUAUGCACAGAUGGUUACAAGGGCUGGAGGUGUGAGGAGUCGUGCAGCUUGGGGACUUAUGGGAAAGGAUGUCAGUUCCAGUGCCAGUGCAUGAAUGGUGCCACUUGUGACCAUGAGACUGGGGAGUGCCGCUGUGCUCCUGGCUACACUGGAGUGUUCUGUGAAGAACUUUGUCCCCCUGGUAGCCACGGUGCUCAAUGUGAGAUGAGAUGUCCCUGUCAAAAUGGUGGGAUGUGUCACCACAUUACCGGAGAGUGCUCAUGCCCUGCUGGAUGGAUGGGUUUUGUCUGUGCCCAGCCAUGCCCGUAUGGAAAAUUUGGAAUUAAUUGCACACAGGACUGUCCAUGCCAUAAUGGAGGUAUUUGCAAUCAUGUAACUGGCCAGUGCCAGUGCCCUGCUGGCUAUACUGGGGACAGGUGUCAAGACGAGUGUGUCAUCGGCAGCUAUGGUGUCAAGUGUGCCCACAAAUGUGACUGUCUGAAUGGAGCCAAGUGUUUCCACGUCAAUGGAGCCUGUGUAUGUGAGCCAGGCUAUUCAGGAGACCGGUGCCAGCAACGCUCUUGUCCUGAAGGAUUCUACGGACGAAAGUGUGACAAGCAUUGCCCCUGCGAUUUAAGGAAUACCCUGAGCUGCCACCCCCUCUCCGGCGAGUGUACCUGUGCUGCAGGAUGGACAGGGCUCUAUUGUAAUGAAACGUGCCCUCCACAGUACCACGGAGAAGGCUGCCAAGAGCCAUGUUCAUGUGACAAUGGGGCUGACUGUGACAGCAUAACAGGACAGUGUGUGUGCGCACCAGGGUUCACGGGAGAAGAUUGCACUCAAACAUGCCGUCCUGGGACCUAUGGGGAUAACUGCUCAGCAGUGUGCAGUUGCCUGAAUGAAGCCGACUGCUCUCCGUUAGACGGUUUGUGUAUCUGCAGAGAAGGAUGGCAGGGGGCUGACUGCUCCAUUCCAUGUUCCAGUGGAUUUUGGGGGCUAAACUGCAAUCAGAGCUGUGUUUGUGCUAAUGGGGCUGCCUGCAACCCCAUCGACGGUACCUGCACCUGCUCACCUGGGUGGAGAGGACUGAGCUGCGAACUGCCCUGCCCGGAUGGCACUUACGGACUUCAGUGUAGCGAGCAAUGUGACUGCAGCCACGCCAGGGGUUGUGACCCCGUCAGUGGAUACUGCCAGUGCCUGGCAGGAUGGACAGGUGUCCGUUGUGACAAUAUUUGUGCUCCUGGUCACUGGGGGCCCAAUUGCUCCAUGUCCUGCAGCUGUGAAAACGGGGGCUCCUGCUCACCAGAGGAUGGCUCCUGUGAAUGUACACCAGGCUUCCGAGGUGCCAACUGCCAGAGAAUCUGUUCUCCAGGGUUCUACGGGCAUUACUGCAGCCAGAGCUGUCCACAGUGUCUCCACAGUAAUGGGCCAUGCCACCACAUCACGGGCCAUUGCGAGUGCUUGCCUGGAUUCUUUGGGUCCCUCUGUAACCAAGUCUGCCCUAGUGGAAAGUUUGGCAAGAACUGUGAAGAGAUAUGCUCUUGUACCAACAACGGCACUUGCAACCCAGUGGAUGGCUCCUGCCAGUGUUUCCCUGGCUGGAUCGGAGAGGACUGCUCACAGGCCUGCCUGCAGGGAUUAUGGGGUCCAAAUUGUAUCCACACAUGCAACUGUCACAAUGGAGCGCAGUGUAGUGCCUAUGAUGGGGAGUGCAAGUGUGCAGAGGGCUGGAUAGGACUGUACUGCACACAGAGAUGCCCAACAGGAUUCUUUGGAAGAGAGUGUGCUCAAGUGUGUCACUGUCAGAAUGGAGCAGAUUGUGACCAUAUCACUGGGCGUUGCUCAUGUCGGACUGGCUUUAUGGGAGACCGCUGCGAGCACAAAUGCCCUCCUGGAACAUUUGGCUAUGGGUGCAAACAGCUGUGCGAGUGUUUGAAUAACGCCACCUGUGACCAUGUGACUGGGACGUGCUACUGCAGCACUGGCUUCAAAGGAAUCCGAUGUGACCAAGCUGCCCUUAUGAUGGAGGAACUAAAUCCCUACACUAAGAUCAGCCCUGCCCUGGCAUCAGAGAGACACUCAGUGGGAGCUGUUGUGGGCAUCAUCACGCUGCUCUUCAUCAUAAUCACCCUGCUUGGCCUUUUUGUGUGGUACCGGUAUAAGCAGAGGGAGAAGGGACAUGACAUGCCAAGCGUCUCGUACACCUCAGGCAUGAGGAUAAGCACUACUGACUACUCACUGUCAGAUGCCUCCCAUAGCAGUGCCAAUGGACACUAUUUCUCAAAUCCAAGUUACCACACUUUAUCUCAGGGUGCCAGCAGUCUGAGCAGGAACCCCAGCAGUAAGCUUAAGAGUAGAAAGACAGCCAGAGAUAGUGCUGCCUGGAGGCCAUACUGCAACCUGAAUGAUCUUGGUGCUGCUGGAGUAGAGCGCCAGUACAACACAUACAUUGUAGACCAAGGUCUGGCAGAUUACAUAAAAGGGUCAGUAUGCAGCUCAAGCAGCUGCUCGUUGACCAGCAGCGAGAACCCAUAUGCCACCAUCAAGGACCCUCCCAGUCUGGCCUGCAAGCACGCCGAGAGCAGUUAUGUGGAGAUGAAGUCUCCGGCACACCGAGAUGGGCCUUUUACUCAGGUGCCCUCUUCUCCCAUGGCCAAAAAGAAUGUUUAUGAAGUGGAGCCCACUGGUACCAUGCUUCAUGGAACGAAUACCAACUACAUGCAGAACCCAUAUGACCUUCCAAAAAACAGCCACAUCCCGGGUCACUACGAUUUACUUCCAGCUCACAAUGUAGCCCCUCAUGACCACUCCCAAUAGGGGAUGUCUCAGUUGCACCUGCACUGGCUGGACUAGAAGGUCCUGGAAGUCUACUGCAUGUCCAUUUCAUUAUACAUUGAACUGUGACAGGAGGAAGCAAGUGAGACAUGAAGAGGACUGUGAGAAGCACACCCUAGGAGAGUAGCCUACCACAUUUAUGGAUGUCAAGCCCAGAACAAGAAGUGCAUUUGGAAAAGGACAAGGUCGGCUUCAAGAUCUGUUGGAGUUCUACUCGAGUUGCAUUAAUGUGACACUGCUUUGCUCCAGGUGUCACAACUGAAGGCCACUUCCCUCAUGUUUAAAGAAACAGAACCUCCUGUCUACAUUUUAUUUGUUUAAAAUGUAUGUUUUAUUAUACUCAACAUUGUAAAUUUCAUAAUUUCAAAGAAGCAUGCUGAUAAAUGAUAUAUAUAUUAUCUGUACAUGUAUAUAUAAUUCAUAUUGGUCCUCAAGCUAAGGGGAACAAUGGAGCCGUUCACACCAUGGACACAGGGCUUGUUGUGCCCCUUUGGACAAAAACUAAUAACACAAUGCUUACCCUUACCUUCUAUUCACAAACACUUGCAUGCACACCCACCUCUAUGCAAAUUGUGUUCCAUGAGAAUCUCUAAUACACUGGGGCUCUCACACCAUCCUGUACAACAUUCAACAUCUGAUUCCAUGCAACUCUCCUCCCGUGUACACAAUCAGGGUCAAUAUGUCCCGCCAUGACCACACACAUUCAUUUAAGGGUGUACGGGUUUCCCCUCACCUUGCUCUCAUCUGUUAGCACUGUUUGUGUUUUCUUCACAAACACACUUGGGUCCAAAAGCCCCCACACAACAGAGUUUGCAUCCCAUCACCAGUUGGUUGUGUUUUGUGAAGAUUGGCCUUGCCAACUCUUCACUUUUAUGGUCUUCCGUCCACAUCUCCCAGUUAAUUUAAUACCAAGCAGGGUUUUCUCAUGUUGACAAGCAAUAACUUUCAGACAAUCAUCCAGCGCUUCCCACUUGUGUUGGGCAAGAUGGGUCUUGAAGUAAGAAUAUUCUGGUGGAGGGGUUGGACACCAUACCAGCAGCUUCUCAAAUGACCCCUAUAGUAAUCUUACUUACGGAAAUUGGUUUAACAGCAACGUAUUGUAGGGAUGCAGUGGUCAGCUGAAGCAUCACACACAUUUAAGGUGGAUGUUCAGCUGCAUAGCUACUCAUGCUCUGUUGAGAUGACUUAGUGCACCUCUGAUGUACUCUUCAGAAACAAACAAUGUUACAGAGUAAGCCAGCAUUUGAUCCGGAAUUACUUUGUUAUAUGAGAAUUAAAAAUAAAUCUUUUUUUUUUUCAAAAAAU